AUGGCGGGUGCGGCGAAGGCGUCAUGGACGGUGGCGAUGAGUGUGGGCGCGGUGGAGGCGCUCAAGGACCAGGCGGGGCUCUGCCGCUGGAACUAUGCGCUCAAAGAGAUCAUGGCGGGAGCGGCGAAGGCGUCGUGGAUGGUGGCGAUGAGCGUUGGCGCAGGGGAGGCCCUCAAGGACCAGGUCGGCCUCUGUCGCUGGAACUACGCCAUCAGGUCCAUCCACCGGGCAGCCAAGGCCAGGGCCAACAUCCAUGGAGGCGUCUCACAGGGCGCCAAGCAGCUUCCAGCCUCUGCGGCGGCGGUGGCGGAGAGGAGGCGAGCGGAGAAGGCCGAGGAGGGGCUGAGGACGGUGAUGUACCUCAGCUGCUGGGGUCCCAAUUAG